UAUAAAGUGGACCCGCCCUUUCGCGUGAACAUUCUUCAGUCUUCUCUAUCAGUAAGGAAAAAAAAAAAAGGCGGUAGAUCAUCAUGUCUGGUACAUACGGUUACGAUGCUCCGCCUCCUCCUUCUGAUGGUGGAUACGGUGGCUCGGGCUCGCACGGUGGUGGAUACGGUGGCUCGGCUGGCGGUGGAUACGGUGGUGAAGGCGGUAGGGGUGGAUACGGUGGCUCGGGCUCGGGCGGCGGCGGAGGAUACGGUGGUUCUAGAGGAGCUUAUUAUGGAGGAUAUGAGGGUGGUUCGUAUAAUCGAGUUGGUGGUGGUGGAUAUCAAGGAGGAAGAGGUGGUGGUCGCGGUGGAGGAAGUGGGAGGGAUGGCGAUUGGCGUUGCCCUAAUCCGAGUUGUGGAAACUUGAACUUUGCUCGAAGAGUUGAGUGUAAUAAAUGUGGUGCACCUUCGCCUGCGGGUAAUGGUGAUCGUGGUAGCAGAGGUGGUAGCGGUUACAGUAGAGGUGGAAAUGAAGGUGGAUAUGCAAAUAAUCGAGGGGGAAGAGGUGAUAAUUAUGAUAGAGGGGGUGGAGGAAGCAAUAGAUAUGGCUCUUCUGGUAAUCAGGGAAGAUAUGGUGGCUAUGGUCAUGGUCCUCAAGCUGCUCGUCCAUCUUACGGAGGCCCUGAUAGCAACUAUCCACCACCAUCCAACACUUAUGGUGGGAACCCAGACUAUGCCCCUGAUGCAGUUCCUCCGCCUGCAAAUUACAGUGAGGGAGCUGCGUCAUAUCCUCCUUCACACGCUAGCACUGUUGGCUAUGGUGGGAAUAUACAAUAUGAUGCCCCUGGUGGUGGUCGGGGUGGCCCACAAGGGGGGUAUGAUGGGGGAUAUGGCGGUGGUCCUCGAAAAGAAGUAGGUAGUUAUGACAGUGCUCCUGCUGAGGCUCCAGAGAAGGUGAAACAGUGUGAUGAGCAAUGUGGAGAUUCCUGUGACAACUCCAGAAUAUAUAUCUCAAAUUUGCCUCCUGAUGUCACCAUUGAAGAACUCCAAGAGCUUUUUGGAAGCAUCGGGCAGGUAGCGAGAAUCAAGCAAAAACGAGGCUACAAGGACCAGUGGCCUUGGAGAAUAAAGUUAUACACAGAUGAAAAAGGAAAUAACAAAGGGGAUGCAGUUUUGUCAUAUGAAGAUCCUUCGGCAGCUCACUCUGCUGGAGGCUUUUUCAAUAAUUACGACUUCAGAGGUUAUAAGAUCAGUGUUGCAAUGGCUGAGAAGUCUGCCCCAAAUGCUCCUCCAGCAUAUGGUUCUGGGGGCGGUGGUCGAGGCGGUUAUGGUGGUGACAGGCGCAGAGGUAACUAUGGUUCUGGUCCAGACAGAAACUAUCAUGGUGGAAACCGUUCACGUCCCUACUGAAUUUCAGCCGGACAAUCUAUGUACUAAAAAUGUGUUGGGAGGGUUUUUUUAAUUAGUUCCAUUCCAUGAUAUACUCCCUUAGCUGGAGACUAAAGGUAGGUUGUUCAUUUACUCUGAGCAAUACCCUUUUUCUCCUUGCUAUCUGCUACUUAGGGUGGUUUCUCAGUUUGAAGCUUUGAUUAAUAUGAACUGUGUGAAUGUUUUUAUAGAGGCGAAUGGAUGAUUCUGCAAAAUGCUGCUAAGGUAGGUUGAAAUGUACAGGUGAGUGUUGCUUCUUUGAAAAUCUAAUAUGCUCCAUUAAUUCAAGCAGGUCGAUACUGCUAUUGAGUGUGCGCGCGCGCUUGCGUACGUCGGCAUCUUCACAUGAUGGCAAAUUUGAUGUUUUAGGCGCAUCUAGAUGGGUGGCACAUAUUUUUUCAAGAUAUGUUCUCAUUUCUAUGGUUACUAGCUAGUGUCCAGGUCAGGAAUGACCAUCUAUUUUGGAAUCAGUCUAUUUUAGCCAGUAUAAAGGAUCUUAUAUCUUUUGAGAGUGCUUGAGCUGGGUCCUCAGUCCUCUGGUGUGUAGAGAAAAGAAUCAGUAUGUGGUUAGUUUUGCUACGUUUGGAAGUUCAGAGCGGAGUCGAGAAUUUCAAGAUUGGUAAUGUUUCAAUUGUAGGGAUUACUCCUCCCUUCUAUCCACUUCUUUUUUUGGUUUUACAUAAUAUAGAAGUUUGUUGACCGCGCUUUCCAUAGUCAUAUUGGUAUUGACUUGGAAACUUAUGGUGUGAACGGAGAAAAUAGGAUGUUAUCGCUCGUCUGUUUGAUAAGGACAAUUUAGCUGGAGGAGCUAUUUGAUUUUCCUGAGAAGCACGUACCAAGCUGUGCUAAUGAAUGCCCCGGCUGUAGGAGCCUAUCCCGAGACGGUUGUAUGAUUAGCGGCUUAGUAGUCAAUUCGAUCUUAAAGUAAUUUCCGUUCUUUCUUUGUUUCAAGAAUAAACUGGGUCCUAUUAUCAUGAAAGUGGAGAUUGGUCGAUGAAAUAGGAGCCAGACCAUUCUUUUCCUUCCUAGCAAAGCAAGCCCAGAAUUACAAUGAUGGGGUAUUUUUUUUAAGGAGUCCCGAAAAGUCAGUUGCUCAAGACCACUUUCUGCUAUCAGGGUCUUUGUUGUAGUAUGUUUGUGUAAUAUUCGGAUUUUGACAAGCUGCUUUUAUUAAAUAAUAAAUGUCACUCUUGAUUGUCUAA